AUGCAAGGAAGCAUGAUUCUACUCCAGAGCCUCGUGGCUAUCGCAGCGGCAUCUCCGUUAGCGGCAGCACUUAACACAAGCAUCGACUACAUCAUUGUUGGCGGCGGCCCAGCAGGCUUUGUCCUUGCGGAGCAGCUUUCCCGCGAUCCUACCAAGCAAGUGGUCCUUCUUGAGGCUGGCCCCGAUGGCAUCAACUCCAGCUUGGUCAAUACGCCUGCCUACUACCCCCUGAUCACGGAGUACUAUUGGAACUACACGGCACAGCCAGACCCCAACCUUGGAGGAAGAACACCCGGUAUAGCGCAGGGUCGCGUGUUUGGGGGCGGCACGGCUGUCAAUGGCAUGGCCUACUGCCGCGGAGCGGCCUCCGUGUUUGAUGAGUGGGCAGCUCUAUCUGGAAACCCAGGGUUAGCGUGGGAGUCACUCCUGGAGGACUUCAAGGCCACCAGCCAUUAUGCCGACCAACCAGCCGAUUACACUCAGUUCUCGAACAUCUCCGGGUAUGGAGACGGACCUUUGGAGGUCAGCCAGACUAGCGGCUUGACUGGUUUUGACCUGCCAUUUGCACAGGCGGUUGAAUCCACGCUUGGCCUACAGGAGAUCGACAUGACGGACGGGACUGGCAUCGGUUUCGAUCAGGGACUGUCCUCGAUCAACGCCAUCUCGCGGACCCGAUCAUACGCCCGCACCACCUUCGGCACCAUCAUCGAGCGCGAGCGGCCCAACGUCCAGCUGAUCCACAGCGCCUGGGUCACGCAAAUCGGCUUCUCCGGCCAGACGGCCGUGAACGUCACUUUCCUCAACAGCACCGACGACACCACCCACACCCUCGCCGCGAAAGAGAUCAUCGUCAGCGGCGGCGCAAUCAACACGCCGAAGCUGCUCAUGCUCUCGGGCAUCGGUCCCGCGUCGCACCUGUCAUCGCUCGGAAUCCCGGUCGUCGCCGACAUCCCCGAGGUGGGGGCCAACCUGCGCGACCACGCGUUCGCCGUCGUCGAGCUCGAGGUGACGGGCGCGGUGGCGUCGUUCUGGCAGUGGUCGGAGAACGCCACGGCGGGCGCCAUCGCGCAGGAGGAGUACGCCACCAACAGAUCGGGUCCGCUGGGCUGGGGCAACGGCUACGCGUACGCCGCGUUUCGGUUGCCGGAUUCGGUGUGGGACGGCGUCGUUGACAACGGCAGCCACUACACAGCCCUUCCCGAGGAUCGUCCGCACGUCCUCAUCGAGUAUAGCACCGUGCCGUUCAUGGUGACGCCGAACGUCAGUGUUGUGACGGCGUGGGCGAGCCUCGUGCAGCCGGAGGCCGCAGGCAGUGUGGCGCUGCAGUCGUCAGACUUCCGGGACGACCCGCUCAUCAACCUCAAUUACUAUGGCUCUGAUGCUGACAAGGCGGCCAUCGUGGCAGGGUACAAGAAGCUUCGUGAAGUCCUGAGUGCAGAUGAGUUGAAGCCUCUGAUCAUUCGGGAGUUUUAUCCGGGAGCAAACACGACGACGGACGAGGAUAUUUGGGCUGCGAUCCAGCAGGAGAGCUUUUCGUUCCGUCAUCCAGUGGGGAGCGUGGCGGUUGGGAAGGCUCUCGAUAGCAACUGGCGAGUCAAGGGCCUGAAAGGCAUUCGGGUGGUUGAUUCGAGCACGUUUCCUACUCCGCCCACUUGCCACCCGCAGGCGGAUGUGUAUGCUCUUGCGCACCGAGCCGCACAAGAUAUCCGAGAUGCCGAUGCUACCUCGGGAGGCUACUAG